AUGGAAGAUCAGCCUAGUGGUGGAGACCCGUUUCCAAGGUACCGCCUACGCUUUGAUGAUGACACUCCUUCAUCGUCUAGCGAGAAAAAUGAUGUAGCACGUGCUACAAGAGAUCAUACCAGUACUCCGAUCUCUGCGUUCUCAAAGUCUCGCCGAAGUGAUUCGCACGCUUUUAUUUCCGAGGUGCCAAAGUACCGUGGAUCCGCAAACGAGAACUGGUCCCCCUUGAGCAAAAGAUGCAUGGAUGAUUCUGAUGAUGAUUUGAUAAACAGAUCACCAAAAAGUCGAGGGACAAUGUCGUGCCCGCCGUAUCGACAACCUCUUCGUUCGCGGCUGCGCAAUCGUCUUAUCCCGAGACUCGACUUUUCGCUUGUAGACGACUCACCGGACUCACUUUCUUCGCCUGCAACAAAUACUGAUUCAACGGCGUCAUCCAUGUCAUCAGCACGCUCAAAAUCGAAAUCUCAAACAAAUACCCGAAUGAUUACUGGAAUGACCAGUUCCGCUGAGGACAGUUCUUAA